AUGUCAUCUAAAGUAGUUGGAACAUCUUCCUUCAAUCAUACACAGGAGAUCAACAUUAUUAUAAAUUCCUUCGUGGCAAAAUUGAAAAGGAGACAGAUCGAAGGUUCAUAUUUGAUUGCAUUAGAAACUUUACAAUUAUUGAAAAGGUUUAUAUCCGCAUCUCGUUGGAAUCAUGUUAAUGAGUUGAUUGAACAAGUCAGAGAACUUGGUGCCUUGCUAGAAAAAUCGUACCCAACAGCUUUCUGUUGUGGGAAUGUCAUUAGAAGAAUCUUGGCAAUGUUAAGAGAUGAGGUUGAAGAAGAAGUCCGUGAAUCAAGCAAUAUAAACACUGAUAACCUUGUACAGUCUGCAGAACCACUUAUUUCCUCCAUGUUCAAUCUUUUUCAAAAGCCAGAGACAGCAACACAUGAGGUAUACCACACAAAGACAAAGACAAAGACAGAUUUUCGUCAAGUAGUUAUUCAGGCCAUUAAAGAUUUGAUUGAUGAAAUCACAAAUAUAGACGAUGGUAUUCAACAAAUUGCUAUUGAUUUGAUUCACGAUCACGAAAUCCUAUUGACACCAACUCCAGAAUCGAAAACUGUUUUAAAAUUUUUAAUCAGGGCCAGAGAGCGUGCUAAUAGAACGUUUACCGUCUUAGUAACGGAAGGUUUCCCAAACAAUACUCAAAAUGCCCACGAAUUUGCUAAAAAACUAGCCGAGCAUGAUAUAGAAACUAUAAUCAUCCCAGAUUCUGCUGUAUUUGCAUUAAUGUCUCGAGUAGGUAAAGUUAUUAUUGGAACUAAAGCUGUAUUCGUCAAUGGUGGCUCCAUUGUAUCAUCAUCCGGUGUCUCAUCAGUAUGUGAAUGUGCAAGAGAGUUCAAGACUCCUGUGUUUGCAGUAUCGGGUCUUUAUAAAUUGUCACCAUUGUAUCCAUUUAACGUCGAAAAAUUCGUGGAAUUUGGUGGUUCACAGCGUGUGUUACCAAAGAUGGAUCCAAGACACAGACUGGACACAAUCAAUCAAAUCACAGACUAUAUCCCACCUGAGAAUAUAGAUAUCUACAUCACAAAUAUCGGAGGUUUUGCGCCUAGUUUCAUUUAUAGGAUUGCUUGGGAUAAUUAUAAGCAGAUUGAUGUUCACUUGGACAGUAAGGCUCAAUAG